AUGCCUCUUCUGGACAAACUGCUGAAGAAAGGCAUUGAUGGUACGGGUACUAUCAUGGCGAACCGAAUCCGUAGUGUCCGCUUCAGAAGCGACUCAGAAAUGAAGCAAGGUGAUCUUGACGAACUCACUCGAAACGAUGAGAAAGUAGCUAUUGUGAAGUGGAAAGACAGCAGGAUGGUGCUACUGGCUUCUACUUGUGCCAGGGCCACAAAUGCCGAACCUGUGAAGCGGUGGUCCAAAAAGGAGAAGUGCAUCGAUGUGCCCCCACCGGAAGUGGUCAGGCGCUACAAUGCGAGCAUGGGAGGUGUUGAUACCUGUGAUCAACUAAUUGAAUAUUACAGAGUGGCAGUGAAAACUAAAAAGUGGACCUUGAAGGUCAGUUUGCACAUAGUGGAUCUUGCAAUUGCCAACUGCUUGCUUGAAUACAGGGACGCCUGUCGAAAAGAUGCGGUGCUCAGACGCAACACAAUGAGCUUCUUGGACUUUCGUCUUGCUGUCACUGAGGCGCUUUGCGCGUCACACAAACGCAAGAGACUCGAAAGCAACAACGAAAAUGUGCAGCCAAAUCAUUCUACAGAGAGAUCCCCUGGAGCUGCGAAGAUUCCCGGCGUGGACAAACGUUUGGACUCGUAUUACCACUGGCCAUCAGUGGACAGCUUGUCCUCUGCACGUUGCUGCAGGCUUGCAGGGUGCACUUUGCGCACUCGGACGCGUUGCAACGUCUACUUGUGCCUUUCAAGUGACAAAAACGGUUUUAAAAUGUUCCACAGACGGCACUAA